AUUUCUGAACUGAGGAGACGCCGCCGCGCUCGCGUACAGCCCUAGCCUUUUUUUAAAUAUACACGUUUAAGUAAAUAAAGUCGGUUCGGUGUCGCAUAUUUAGGCCAUUGCCUAAAAAUAGCGAGUGAAACAGCACACAUUGUGUGUCGUGGAACGCUGUUUGAGUUAUAGCUAGAGCUGAAGCUAGCAUUUUAUUUCCCAUUUUAACUUUACAGAGCGGCGUUUUCCGCCGUUUUUUUUUCUUUUCGCCGCCCCGCUCACUCUACCCCCUUGUGUGUGAGUGGGGGCCUGCAACGUCGGUUUAGCCACGAGGCGCGUCGGUAGUGUCGGAUAAGAGCGAUGGCGGAGUUCGGCAACGGACUAGCAGAUGAAUCUCUAUUAGAUUCAGAUCCCGGACAUCCCGAACUGGAAGACCCAGGUGUCGGUGACGAAGAACCGGGGUUAGAAGAGGGAGAGGCCGCAAUUGAAGACCCGGAACUGGAGGCUAUUAAAGCCCGGGUCCGAGAGAUGGAGGAAGAGGCAGAAAAGCUGAAGGAGCUACAGAACGAGGUGGAGAAACAGAUGAAUCUCAGCCCCCCACCAGUUGGUCCUGUCAUCAUGUCCAUCGAGGAGAAGAUGGAAGCAGAUGGCAGAUCUAUUUAUGUUGGCAAUGUGGAUUACGGUGCUACAGCAGAGGAGCUUGAGGCUCACUUUCAUGGCUGUGGUUCAGUAAACAGAGUCACCAUUCUAUGUGACAAGUACACAGGGCAUCCCAAGGGGUUUGCUUAUAUCGAGUUUGCAGACAAAGAGUCUGUUAGGACAGCUAUGGCUCUGGAUGAAUCCCUUUUCAGAGGAAGACAGAUAAAGGUGGGAGCCAAGAGAACAAACAGACCAGGCAUCAGCACCACAGAUCGCGGUUUUCCUCGGGGCCGGUUCCGAUCACGGGGUGGAGGAGGAAGCUUCUCCUCGCGUGCACGAUACUACACUGGUUACACGCCACCUAGAGGCAGAGGACGGGCCUUCAGGGGCCGAGGGCGAACAACAUCGUGGUAUUCCCCUUACUAAACACCCCCCCUCCCCAGUACUCCCCUUACUAUCAGUCCUCCCCUCCCAUCUCUGUUCCAUUUUAAGACACACACACACACACACACACACACACACACGCAAUGAAACUCCUCCCCUCCCCACCAAAAAAAGAAGAAACCACUGAGAGGAAAGGAAAAAAAAGACAAAAAAUGGAAAAAAAAAAAGAAAAAAAAACACAAACCCCUCUCCUGGACAGAGAGACUGGCUGGCCGCAGUGUGAGAUUGUGUGAGAGCGUGCGUGUGCAGAGCUUGAUGCGGUCACACCUGGUAAGGUAAACCUCGGUUGGCCAUUGGUGGGGGUGGGGGGAGGUGAAACAUCUGUUGGGUUUCUCUUUUUUUGUUUUUGUUUUUUUAAAUUUUGUUUCUGAAUGGGAGGGAUGGGUUGGGGAAAAGAACAACAAAAAAAGUGGUUUAAAAAGAAAGAUGGUAUCUCAGGCUGCAGAUGUGUCUCCUUUGGUCUGGCUGUGACCUCCUGCUUUCACACCAUCACCAGUACAGCCCACCCACUCACCUUCCACCGCCAUCCAAAAAAAAAAAAAGGGAGGGGAGGGAAGAG